CCGAAUCUGCGCGGUUCGGACUUGGAGCCGAGACGUGUCCACUCUGUCCGCCUCUCUCCGGAGCGGCGGCGCACUCGCGUCGCUGCUUGGAGCACAGCGUGUUUCUGGAGGAGCCCCCUGUGGCUGGGUCGUGGGAAGGAACAGGCUGUUCCCCGGUGCAGGCUGCCGACCCCCAAGCCUGGAAACAAACAACCCGUGCGAUUAUGUCUGAUAGUCUGUUUUGGUUGAAAAGGCGUCACUGUUCCAAAGGAGAUGUGGAGGGUUACAUCAACACAGUUUUCUGCUUGCUCGGCUACUUAGCUCAAACAAACCCCCGAGAGGUUUUGAAAAGUUUUUUCCAAAGAGGGAAGAAAGCACUGGCGUCAAAAAAUCAGCUGAAGAUGGAAAUACCAAAAAACGGGACACAUGUGAUGAUGAAGAUGAAAGACGAAGAGGAAGAAAAAAAGAAGAAUCGCACUGGUGGACGCGUUUUCAGUUUUCCCUUCGAUGAAAAAGCAGUUCAGUACUCUGCAAUUGUUGCAGCAGGCAUGGCCUGCGCGUUUUGGUACUUUUACUUUCGAGAGACGGGGAUGCAGAUCUCCUGGAAGGACUUUGUGCAUCAUUACUUGAACAGAGGCUUGGUGGAUCACCUGGAGGUGGUCAAUAAACAAUAUGUCAAAGUACUUCCUGCCAAUGGAAUGCAGACAUCAGAAGUGAGCUACUUGUGGUUCAACAUUGGCAGUGUUGACUCAUUUGAGCAUAACCUGGAAAUGGCCCAGCAAGAAAUGGGUUUGGACUCAGAGAAAGUACCUGUGUUCUACAGCAGUGAGAGUGACGGGACACUGCUUUUUACUCUGCUCCCCACUUUACUCCUAGUCGGCUUUUUACUUUUUGUUAUGCGGGGCGGACCCAUGGCAGGAGGUCGUGGGGGUAGAGGGCAAGGAAACCCCUUCAGUAUGAGUGAAUCCAAAGCAAAGAUCAUUACAGACAACAUUAGCAUUCGGUUCAAAGAUGUCGCUGGCUGUGAGGAGGCUAAAGUGGAGAUUAUGGAGUUUGUCAACUUCUUGAAGAACCCGAAGCAGUACCAAGACCUCGGAGCCAAGAUCCCAAAGGGCGCGAUGUUAUCGGGCCCACCUGGUACUGGCAAGACGCUGUUAGCAAAGGCCACAGCAGGAGAGGCCAACGUCCCUUUCAUCACCGUCAACGGCUCAGAGUUCCAGGAGAUGUUUGUUGGCGUGGGCCCAGCGCGGAUAAGGGAUACGUUUGCCACAGCUCGGAAAAAUGCCCCGUGCAUCCUUUUCAUUGAUGAGAUCGACGCGGUUGGCAAAAAGAGAGGGAAUGGAAACUUUGGCAACCAGAACGAGCAGGAAAACACCCUCAACCAGUUGCUCGUGGAAAUGGACGGAUUCAACAGUAGCACUAACGUGGUGGUUCUAGCUGGCACCAACCGAGUCGAUAUCUUGGAUCCAGCUUUGAUGAGACCGGGGCGCUUUGAUCGACAUAUACACAUAGGCCCACCAGAUAUUAAAGGCAGGGCAUCCAUCUUUAAGGUGCAUUUAAGACCUCUGAAGUUGGACAUUAGUAUACAAGUGGAUGCUUUGGCCAGAAAGCUCGCUGCACUGACCCCAGGUUUCACUGGGGCUGAUAUUGCGAAUGUGUGUAACGAGGCGGCUCUAAUAGCUGCACGGCACCUCGACCGCCAUGUCAACACCAAGCACUUUGAACAAGCUGUCGAGAGAGUUAUUGGAGGUCUAGAGAAAAAGAGUCAGGUACUGCAGCUUCCGGAGAAAACUACCGUGGCGUAUCAUGAGGCCGGACAUGCUGUAGCGGGCUGGUUCCUAGAACAUGCAGACCCGCUUCUUAAGGUGUCCAUUGUUCCCAGAGGGAAAGGUUUGGGUUAUGCACAGUAUCUUCCGAAGGAACAGUACCUGUUCACCCGGGAGCAGCUGUUUGACCGAAUGUGCAUGAUGCUCGGGGGUCGAGUGGCUGAGCAGGUUUUCUUUCGAAGCAUUACAACCGCGGCGCAGGACGACCUCAGGAAAGUCACGCAGUCUGCGUAUGCACAGGUUGUACAGUUUGGAAUGAACGAGGCGGUGGGCCAGGUGUCCUUUGACCUGCCUCAGCCGGGCGAUGUCGUAACUGAGAAGCCCUACAGUGAAUCCACAGCCCAGUUUAUAGACCAGGAGGUCCGCCUGCUCAUUGAUUCUGCCUUCCAACGAACACUUCAGCUUGUCACUAACAAGAAAGAAAUGGUGGAGAAGGUGGCAAAACGUCUUCUGGAAAAAGAGAUUUUAGACAAAGCCGACAUGGUGGAGCUGCUGGGAACUCGUCCUUUUCAGGAGAAGUCCUCAUAUGAGGAGUUUGUUGACGGGCUGGGGGACUUUGAGGAGGACACCUCUCUCCCCGAAGGGCUGAAGAACUGGAACAAGAACAAAGAGGAGUAAAGACACCCACAGAACGGACAAAGCAAAGCAGCACUUUAACUGUGGGUGGUUGCACAGCCUCAAGUUAAAUACUCCACUGUAUUCAGUUGAAUAUAGUUCAGCAGCAUCUGGUCCAGAUGUCAGACAUCCCUCGUUCAGCUCACUGACAGCUUCAGAGGGAGAGAUGCUGCUGUGUUGAACAGGUCUUAAAUGGCUUGGAUAAUACAAACUUGUAGAUUGUGUACUCUGCAGUGAAAUUCCCCAAAAAUGACUCUUUUUACUUUUAGAUCAGGAAGCUGAGGCUUCUGGGAAUAAUGCAGUUUGUGAUUUACAGUUCCCUGGAGGGCCCUUAUUCCCACACUCAGACCGACACACAUACAACAGAAUAAUAAAAGAGAUGUUUUUAACAUUCAAAAUAUUAUUAUAUUAUAAAGUUUAUUCUGGAGGCUAUUGCCCUUAUCCUACCAUACAUCUAUACAUUUAUUUAUUAUUAUUAUUAUUAUCAUUAUUAUUAUUGUGUAAGGCUGCUUCUAAUCUUGGCCACCACUUUAUUCUGUUAGUAAUUCCACUUUUAAAAGGUAUUUUCCCUGAGUGGAGCAACCAGAUUCUUCUCUUGUUUAUUUGAUAUUUAAGUUUUUAAAGGUAUUUUCACUGUUCUUUUAACUUUUUAAAAUCUUUCUUCACACCAUUUUACAAUAAAAACAUAUGCACAUUCUUCACUCACGUACACUACCUCUGAGUCUCUGUACUCUUAACUGCCUCUUAAAAUAACAUUAAUCCCUCAGAAAUGUAUUGGUCACAAUAUUCACACUACACUCUGGUUAUGCUUUUUUGGUUAAUCACAAGCAAUUACUGUAACACCCUGUUCUGUUUCUCCUGUGUUCCGUGUCUCCUGUGUCUUCUCUGUCUUAAUUGUUUAAUUCCCUGCACCUGCCCUCAGCCACUCUUGUCUCGUUACUGUCUGAUGUCAUACACCUGUUUCCCCCCCUAUAUAUUGUGUCAGUCUUUCCCUUGUCUCCUGUCGGAUUGUCGUCUAUAGUUCCGUGUCCUUUUCCCGUCGUCCUGUCCGUCUUCCUGGUUCUGCCUGUUGACCCUGCCUGCCCUGAACCUGGAUUUUUUGCCUGCCCCUUUUGGACCUUGUUUUUUGUAAACUGGUUUGCCUCAUUAAAGAGUGCUUUUUUUUGUUAUUCAUAUUGCGUCCAGCCUGUCUCUCUGCGCCUGAGCCUCACCCCGUCACAAGAACCUGACAAUUACAGGGGCUGCACGUUGGUCUAGUCGGCUAGCACUGUCGCCUCACAGCAAGAGGGCCGUGGGUUCAAUUCCCGGUCAGGGCGGUCCUUCUGUGUGGAGUUUGCAUGUUCUCCCCGCGGCAGCGUGGGUUCCCUCCGGGUUCUCCGGCUUCCUCCCACAGUACUAAGACAUGCAGUCAGGUUAAUUGAUCUCUAAAUUGCCCAUAGGUGUGAAUGGUUGUCUGUCUCUGUGUGCCCUGGAUGGACUGGUGAACCUUGCCUUCGCCCAAUGUCAGCUCCAGCGCCCCGCUACCCUAAUGAGGAUAAGCGGUAUGGAUAAUGGAAUGGAAACUGAUGCUUUACUGCAGUUCAUGUGAGGGCUCAAAGUGCUCAAAGAAAGGAUUAAUUGGCUUUUCCAUUGAUGAAUUGGCUGACCUAGGACACACUCGUCCAGCAGCUGUUGCAUGAUAACAAAUUGCUGUUUCUCAGGAAAUCAUCAUUCAGUCAAUUGUGGCUUGUGUUCCAUAAUUGUGAGGCAACCGAGCUAAGCUCGAUAACCGUUCAUGUAGCAUUCUCAUUUACUGUAUUUGAGAACCACUUCAAGGUUUAGUUACACACUGUUAGUGCUAAUAGUUGAAAGUUAAGCAUAGUUAAACAUAACACUUUAAGUAAAUGCCCUUUUUCUUUCAAUAGCGGGAACAUUGAUGAUCAAGCUGGUUGUAAAUGUUAGUGUCAAUUAAAUGUAUUAUGUGUUUUCUGCUGAAUAUUUCAGUCAGUGAGUGAUUUUUCAUUGAGAUGCGACGACAAAUGAAAUGUGAGCUUUUGUUGCUCACACACUGAUAUUAAACAACUUUUAUACCACA